AUGGGCGUCAAAGAAAUCCUCAGUAGGAGUACCGUGGCCACCUAUGGGAGGAAGAUUAAAUCAUUACCGAGGGAGGUUAUCCUCAACCCGAGUCUGCUGGUUUCGUCGUUGAUGUACGCGGCCACCGCCGUGCCUUUGACAUGGGAUCAAGGCUCGGCAUCCACAGUGGCAUCGCUUGCAGGUUUCCAAGACCACUUUGGUGUUAGCUCCGGAUCCGACGCAGGUGCAGUCAGGAAUAUUGUUUCUCUCGUCUAUCUUGGCGACGCAGCCGGUGCUGCUCUGUCAUUCUUUAUCAAUGACCGCAUUGGCCGCCUGUGGUCGUUUCGUCUGUAUAGCGCCGUCUGGAUUAUUGGGCAACUUGUUUCCAUGUUCAGCCCCGGGUUGGCCGGAUUGUAUGCCGCUCGAAUUAUAUCUGGUCUCGGAAUUGGGGCAUUAGGCGUCACCGGCCCUAUUUCAAUUGUCGAGAUCGCCCCGACGGAAAUCCGCGGGCUGCUGACUGCAUGGUAUUCAGUAUCAAUGACUGUAGGCUUGAUGGUGUCGACAUUUUGCGUGUACGGUGUGGAAUUACACAUUGAAUCAAGCAGACUACAAUACCAGGUUGUGUGGCUUGCCCCUUGUGUGUUUAUGUUCCUUUGGGUAGUGGCUAGUUUCUUUCUUUGCGAGUCGCCCCGGUGGCUUAUCAUGUCUGAUCAGCAUGAAAAGGCCGUCGAAUCCCUCGUCAGGCUUCGAUGCCUGCAAGCUGAUCAUCCUCUGCUCCACGAAGAGAUUCAGAGUAUCACUGAAUCUAUCCGGUCGGAGAACGAGACUUCCGAGUUUGGUCAAGGCUCUUCUUUCAAGAUUGUCGGCUGUAUCAAGGAAACGUUUACAGUACCGUCGAACCUACGUCGCGUUCAACAGGCCUUGAUACUAUACGCAUUCCCACAGCUAUCAGGCGGAAACUCAAUAACAAAUUAUUUCAUACCUAUCCUGCAGGUUCUCGGCCUGGCCGGAAGCUCUACUCGAAACCUGUUUCUUAACGGCAUGUACGCUAUGUCCAAGUUUUUCUUUGCGAUAUUCACGUCGUUUUUCUUCAUCGACGCCCUUGGACGCCGAAAUUCUUUGUUUCUCGGUAUUUCAAUUCAGAUGAUAUCGGAUUUGUAUCUUGGGAUAUACCUCAAGUUCCAACAAGAGAAUGGUGCAUCCCAUGCUGCCGGAGAGGCAGCACUUGCAUCGAUAUUCCUACACGCCUUUGGAUAUACUAUUGGUCUUCUCACUCUUCCGUAUGUCUUUGGUGGAGAGCUAUGGCCAAACCGCAUUAGAUCCUUUGGCGCCGCAUUGUCUUCGACUUUCCACUGGCUGUUCCAUUACGCCAUGACCUUUGGGUUGCCAUCGCUGCUGUCGCGGACUGAUAACUGGGGCGCGUUUAUUUUUUUCGCGGCCUGGUGCGUUGUGGCUCUUUUAUACGUGUACCUUCUUGUUCCUGAAAUUGCAGGAUGCAGCGUGGAAGAAAUCGAACGUAUCUUCAGUGGGCCGUGGAUUUCCGCCUCUAAGAUGCCUUGGAAACGAGACAGCCCUUCAUUACUGGAAGGGCAGGAUUCAGAUGACGGAUUAGACCAGAAAAACACAGAGACAAUCCCUGUAACCAAGCAGGGGGGCAUCAUUUAA